AUGAGCGCGUUUGUGCCUCACCACCCCGCGCUCUACUCCCCGGAGCACUCGGACCACCCCGAGGUGGCUGUUAAUUGCAGUAACUUACAGAAGAAGCGUCCCGGCGCCGGGAGCGCAAACCUGGGGCACCCCAGGGCUUCCCGCAGUCGGGAUGAGCCCCGGGGAGGAGCCUUUUGCCAGGACGUGAGCGCGCCCCAACACGCCUCAGACCUCAUAAACCCACUUGGCAAAGCGGGAAGCGGCUGGCGGAACGGCUGCGGUGAACUCUAGAAAUUAACCUGCGCUACAAUUAAACGCGCUGCUGCCCUCGCAGACUCACCUCGAGCGGCCGGGAUAGAGAGAGCUCCCGAGCCGGCCGCGGGGGGACCUGGCUCCACCCUCCCGUCCCAGGAGAAGAGGACAAAAAGGGGAGAUGGACUUGGAGAUGGCCCCGCCCUUCAAACGCUCCAAUCCUUGGAAACCAAACCUCCUCUCCAAGCCUCCACGUCUGGAAGGGACAAAGGCAGCGAGGAGAUCCAGAGGCUGAUGGGGAGAUGGUGGCUUUCGGGCUUCCGAUGGGGCGCGUUGGGGGAAAGGCACAAUGGCUAA